UGAUGACAUUCCUCAAAAUGGUGUUUCGUUUCAUACCGUUUCAUAACUUUUUCUUUACUAGACCUAUUAGUGUGAAGUUCUUCUGAUUUAACGUGAUCUUUUGCUGAGAAAUUAGAUACAAACCGAAUAUAGCCUAUGAGGCUAAGUGAAGUUAAAUGUUUUCAUAACAUAAUAUACAAACAUCAUAUGAUGCCUAGCCUCGCACACCACUGGGAUUGCUAAUGAAUGAGAAAUUCUACAAUGGGAAAAGAAUUGAAAUGCCCUUUAUGCUGUGAUAGAACUUUUGAUACUAAGUUAUCACUGCUUCAACAUUUAACAGGUCUUCUUUCGAACUUAAAUUGUCCUGUUUGUGAUAACAGAUGGUCUUCCAUAACUCAUCUCAUCGAGCAUCUCUCAUUGGAUAAUUGUCAGCCUGAAAGCUCAACUCAAUCAUUUGAUGUCCAAUCUUCAAAAAGCCAUCAAGAUGUUACUGAAAUUAAACCAUAUAUUUCUAGCAAUCAUACACUUGGAAAUGAAAAACAAACAGAACUUUCUCCUCAUAUUGCCAAUAGAGAGAUGAUUGAUAGCAUUGAUGCCAAUAAUGGUGACAAGAUGUACACAGUGAUACUUGGCAGGCAUGUGACCAAAUCAAACUUUCAGAACCAAGAAUUAAAGUUUGUUGAGGAUAACGGUCAGAGCCAGUAUGUGUAUGUGGAAGAGAUGGACUCUGAUUUAGACAGUGGUAAUGUAGUUACAAAACAGAAUAAUGAUGGGACAAUAUCAUUGACUACUGUAAAAGAUUUAAAAACAGAUGCAGGCUCAAUAAUGCAUCCAUCAGAGAAUGUACUAGAGGAUAAUCGAGGAGAAGUGUACAGUUGUAACUCCUGUGGUGUCUCCUUCUCAUCUGUCAUUGAACAUAUACAGAACUACCACAAUGACCAAGAAGUGGUGGUUGAGGAACCUGUAGAAGAUGGAGAUAAUGAAAUACCAAUGGAGUAUGAUCCAAUGAUGACAGAAGGCAGUUUGAACAAUACUAACUUCACGUCGCGCCGUAUGAUCACCGAGACGGGAGAUAUAGUUGAAGCUCCCAUCACAAUGAAAUCAACAGUUGUAUCUGAUAAGACUCAUGAAGAGAAGCCGGCCCGGGGUCAGACGAGGCGGUAUGUCCAAGUGGAGAAGUUCUGUGAUAGUCACAUUAAAGAUAUUAAGCCGAAUAAUGACAAAGAUGAACCGUACCACAGAGCGGUAGUGAAGGAGAUGGAAACAGCGGACGGCACCAAAGUAAAAAUGUUUCAAUGUAUUGUGUGCGACGUUUGUGUCACGACAUUAUCUGAUAUGAAACUUCAUCCGUGCAAGCCCCUGAAAUAUCCGUGUCCACAAUGUCCUGUGUCUUAUGAAAACUCAAAGUCCCUGUGUGCCCACAUGAAAAUUCAUAAAAUACCUAAAGCAAAGUUCCCUUGCCCACAUUGUGAUUUGUCGUAUGAAAACUCAAAAACACUUUUGGAGCACAUGAAAUUUCACAAUGACAAGCACAAAAGUGAACAGAAGUACAACUGUGAGAUCUGCUGCACAGUGUUCUUAACAAAUAAAUCGUUGAAACUGCACAAAAGAAUGCACGAUCCGGUCAAAACUCGCCCCAUAGACCCUCCAGUGAAAAAUCAAGAUGGCGCCGAACAUAUAGUAGACGAUACGCGGUACCUAUGCAAUAUUUGCAACAAAAUGAUCCCUAUCGACUACCGCACCAUACACCAGCAUUCACACAAGUCUAACAAUAAGAUGAACUGCACCAUAUGCAACAAGAAAUUCCAAUCGGAAGAAUAUUUAGAGAUGCAUAUGAAGGCCCACAAUAUGAACAAGAUUCCGGAGAACAAGACAGACAAGUCUCUCCCGUACUGCUGCGUCUACUGUCCCAGACAAUUCUCGCGGCCGCACGAGAAAGUCAAACACGAAAGGAUACACACAGGAGAGAAGCCGCACAGCUGCGAGAUCUGCGGCAAGAGUUUCCGCGUGUCGUACUGCCUCACGCUGCACAUGCGCACGCACACCGGCGCUCGGCCCUACGCCUGUCCGCACUGCGGCAAGCGGUUUAAAGCACACAGCGUGUAUAACCAUCACCUGCUGACACAUUCAGAGAAGCGAGCGUACAAGUGUCCGAUGUGUCCGAAAGCGUUCAAAACUUCUGUCCAGCUCGCAGGCCACAAGAAGUGUCACACGAAGCCGUUUUCCUGCCAACACUGUAACAGGCCUUUCGCAUCUCUGUACGCAGUGCGUGUUCACAUGGAAACGCACGCGCGCCAGAACAACCUGAAGUUCACGUGUCCGCUGUGCGGCGCGCGGUACGCGAGAGCGUUCGCGUUGAAGGACCAUGUGAAGCAGGCGCAUCAGCUUGACGGGGACUCUUUGGACAAACUGCAAACCGACGGCGAUAAAGAUUGGGUGGUUCUUGGUGAGGGCGGAGACACUGAAACCAUUCAAAUAGAAGCAGACAAUAUAAAAACUUCGAUCGAAGAAGUAGACAUACCUACAUCGAAAGACAAUUCUUUGAUAACAAUCCUAGAUAUAAAUGCUGAAGAAAUGAUAGUGCCGUAAAUUUACAUUUAAUAAAUAGUUAGAUAGGUUAACUGUUAUGUAAAUAAUUAUUGUUAAGAGUUUAUAAUAAGAAUUCUUCGGUAUUUUUAUAUUUAUUGCAACAUAGGGCCUGUUUCACUAGUCUCUGAUAGUCUAAUCAUAAGUUAUUCCACUGUAGUAGUCGCAAUUGCGUUAAAGUUUAAUGCAUAAACUCAUAUACUAUAUAUUAAAAAAUCAUGCAAUAUUAUUUAUGAAUCAGACAUUUAGUUAUAUUAUAAUGAGAUCAUUUUACAAGCUGUGAAACAGGCCCUUAAUUUUUUAAAUAUUUAAUAUAUGCAUAAAUAAUUACACGUGCCGUCAAAUUGGAUAAUAAAAUAAAAUUAUUUUUGAUUAUUUUUUACUUUUUCUCUAAUUAUUGUCCAUCGCAUAACAGUUUAAAUUAGAAAUCAAUUUGGUCUGCUGAUAUUUCAUUGAGAAAAAGAUCUGCGCAAUAUUAGCAGCUAUAUUAAAAAACUAUUUCGUAGGUACGUGCAUUUUUCUGUAAUGAAAUAUUAUAUUUAUCAGUACCUUAUUUUUCAUAUUCGACUAGCGGUCCGUCCGGGCUUCACUCGGUUAAAACCAUAAUAAAUUAUACCAGGAAUCCAUUUAUAAAUGAUAAAAACUCUUAAAAAUCCGUCCGGUUGCAUUUGAGUUUAUCGUGUUCAUACAGACUAUUUCUUUUUAUAUUAAGAAUUUAUGUUCUUCAUAUUAUAAAAAGAUGUCGUAAAAUUAUAAUUUUCACUUGUAACAACAAGUGAAGUGAGACUAUAAUAUCAUACAAACAUAUUUAAAAUAAUAAAAUGGUGAAAUAUCUUCAUAUAGUUUUCUAAUUUGACGACAUUAUUUGCCACAAAAAAUAUUUGAAGAUUUAUCUUCAUAGCUAAUAUUUAUUGAAACUAUUUACUUAUUUAAAAAAGGAAUGCAUACUUAUGCAUAGUAUAUGUGUUCAUGAAAUUGUAAUUUGAAAAUGUUUAAAUCAAUAUAUUUUACCACAUUGUGUUUCUAGACAAUAAUAAUAUGUACUAACUGGUUCGUUUUACUUACCACACCUGUUUCCCGCAGAAAUAUCAAAUAAAUAUUUUUCUCGAGAUAUUUAUACAUUAUAUUAUAUUACCUAGCUAGGCAAUUCAAAUUUCUAUUGCAUUGUAAUUGUAUAUGUAUUUUGCCGUCUGUUAUACAUUAUGUAGGUUUAGGUUUUUCGACGAUUUUAGGACAAUGUUGUUUACUUGUUAAUUAUGCUAUGAGCUUUCUUGUAAGGGUGUUAUUUUGUAGUCAAUUAAAAGGUGACAAUAGCUGAAUCCAUAUGAAUAUUUUUCAUGUGAAAGUGUGUUUAUUAAUACCUACUUCUUUCACGUCAAAAUGGAGCAUUGGGAUUGAGGUGGUUUUUGAUGUGGUAUCAGCUACUUCAUAAUAUAAGUCAUAGAUAGCGUAUCAGCUCGUUUUGACAACUUUGUGAAAUGUUUUGACAACAUAUAAAUGUUGCAAUUCGCAUAAUAUCAACUACGAUAAAAAUUUAAAAAACCUAUAUAUGUAUUUAGAUCAGUUUACACCAUUUAUUUUGAUUCCACUUUCUAAUAAUAUGUCUAAUUAUAGGAAAAUAAAUUAUGUUUGCAUACUUUCUUUGUGGUGGCACAUAUGAUUUCCUAUAUCUUAACAUGCAUGUAAGUAAAGUGAUAAUUAUAUAAUUAUCUCCUUUAAUUGAAUCGUUAAUUCGAGAAAUCGAAAAGUUGACAGAAAGACAUAUUUAGGUAGUAGACAUAGAACGACUCGCGCGCUGAUUGACAUUUUGAGAAAUUGACAAAACGAGCUACUACGCUAAUUUGCAUGUAUGCAAUAUAACGAAUUCAAAAUAUUGUGAAAUAAGUUCCUAUAUAAUAUUUGGCUGCAUGUGCGAUAAGUUUUAGAAAAUAUUUUUCCCUAGUCCAAAAUUAUACUAAUCACAAAAUUAGCAUUUGUUCAGUGUUUUAAUAUUGUCAAUCAGCGGUUUUAGUUUUUCUUUUAUAUUUAAUUCCAUUUUUUACUUAUAAGAUUCUUUAUUCAUUAUCAACAGUUGCCCGAAUGUUUGACCGUGCCACUUUUAUUUAGAUGCAUACUAGCAUAUUUUUUAUUUUCAGUAUGAUUUUUAAGUUGUACUAUAUCAUUAUCAAUAUUGAUAUCACAAAUUAUUAACCGGACUUGUAAUUUAGAUUGACAAUUUGAUUUUUGCAUAUAAAUCCUUUCCUAAAAAAUAAACUUUAAAAAGUAAUUUCAAUUAGUUUGCACUGCAGUAAAUGUUAUGUAUAUUUUUUUACCUAAUCACAAUAUAUAAUUAAAAUAGGUUUUUGCUGCAAACUGGGAUCUUGAAUUUGUGAGAAUAAAAAGUUUUAUAAUUCA